CCAGGGGGGGUUUGGCUUCACCCUUCGGCACUUCAUCGUCUACCCCCCGGAGUCAGCAGUUCACUCCACCACCAAGGAGGAGGAGAAUGGGAACCGAACAGGGCCCCCCCGGAGCCGCCUGGAGCCCAUGGACACCAUCUUCGUGAAGAGCGUGCGUGAGGAGGGGCCGGCUCACCAGGCUGGGCUCCACACCGGGGACCGGCUGGUCAAGGUGAAUGGGGAGAGCAUCAUUGGCAAAACCUACUCCCAGGUCAUUGCCCUGAUCCAGAACAGUGAUGAUGUGCUGGAGCUCUCCAUCAUGCCCAAGGAUGAGGACAUCCUCCAGCUGGCAUACUCACAGGAUGCCUACCUGAAGGGCAAUGAGCCCUACUCCGGCGGGGCACAGAGCAUCCCGGAGCCCCCUCCCAUCUGCUACCCACGGAAGACCUACCCCUUCCAGGCACGGGGCACCGAGUCCCCCCCGGGCCAGCCGCCGGACCCCCGUGCCCACCGCCCGGCCGCCGCCGGCUCCUCCUCCCCGCUCGGCACAGCCGCAGCCCCCAGCGCCCGCAGCGAGCCGGGCGGCAGCCCCGCGCAUCGCCCCCACGAAGCACAGCCUGGGGGUCCCCCCCCACGCCCCGCUGCCCACCACGGGCACCCCGCGGGCUCCUCCCGCCCCAGCCGCUCCGCCGCCGUCACAUCCUCCAAGCCCGAGCGCUACGGGAUCCCUCCCGGCACCUCCUACGGCGUCCCCAAGGCCCUCCCGGAGCACCGGACUCACUGCGGCUUCAAAGAGGGCGUCGGGGGGCUGGCAGGGACUAGCCCCCAGCGUGUGCCCGGCCGCCAGGAGUGCCAGCAGGCUCUGUCCCGCUGGUUUUCCAGCCAGGAGCCCCGGCGGAGCUCGUCGGAGGAGCGGCGGCGCGCCCUGCCCCCCCGCUACCGCAGCGUCUCGCAGGACAGGCUGGGAGGGGGCUCAGCAGUGACCCGCCGGGGCUGGCCCCACAGCGCAUCCCACGAUACCCUCCUGCAGCCCUCCCGGGAGGGCUGGGCACCCCGUGCCCGCUCCGACCACUACCUGGGCAGGUACGGCCGCUCCAUGGAGGCGCUGGAGCCCAGCGCUCUGCUGUCCUCUCACCUCUCCCCGGCCAGGGGCUGCCGGGCCCCCGCCGCCGCCGCUGCCGGCGUCGCCGGACAACCCAUCCCGCACGGCUCCUUUGCGCCUUCCUCUUCCUCCUCCUCCUCGUCGUCGAGGGAGCCGGUGCAGAAGCAUCCCUCGCAGCCCAACCUGCAGGACGAGUCGGGUUACAUCGGGUACCGCAGCUACAGCCCUUCCUUCCAGCGCCGCACCGGGCUCCUGCACGCCCUCUCCUUCCGCGACCCAGCUUUUGGUGGCCUGCCCACCUUCAACAUCUCCCAGAGGACCCCCACGUCGCUUCCGGAAAGGGUGGUCCCCACCCUCUCACCACCCACCAGCACCACCGCCGCCGCCGCCAGCAGCGGUCCCUCGCCGGCUCGCAGCGCGCCGGAGGGCAGCAGGCGGCCGGAGCCGCCGGAGGAGCGGAGGGAGGAGGUGGUGCUGAGGCAGAAGCCGCCCACGGGGCGCAAGGUGCCGGUUCCCCUGCGGCAGAUGAACUUUGUCUUCCCCGAGGGGGUGAAGGAGGCGGACGUCGGUGGCCCUCCGCUGGCGGCUGGCAAAGGGGAGAAGCCGGGGGCCGAGCGGCAGGGCUGGCGGCUGGCACCGCUGGCAGCCCCCGAGGACUCGCUGGCCUCCAUCCCCUUCAUCGACGAACCCACCAGCCCCAGCAUCGACCUGAAGGCCAAGCACGUCCCUGCCUCCUCCGUGGUCUCCAGUGCCAUGAACUCCGCUCCCGCCGUGGCCACCAGCCCCUCCUCGCCCACCUUCGCCUUCGCCCUCAGCCGCCACUACUCCCAGGACUGCAGCAGCAUCAAGGCUGGUCGCCGCUCCUCCUACCUCCUGGCCAUCACCACCGAGCGCUCCAAGUCCUGCGACGAUGGUCUGAACGCCUUUCGGGAUGAGGGGAAGCUCCUCAGGAGGAUGCCCAGCCGGGUGCCCAGCCUCCGCAUGCUGAGGAGCUUCUUCACUGACGGGUCUCUGGACAGCCUUGGCACGUCCGAAGAUGCCCGCUCCAAACGGCACUCAACCUCCGACCUCUCGGACGUGCCGCUGAGCGCCGUGAGGAAGGAGGGAUGGCUCCACUGCAAGCAGAUCCUCACCAAAAAGGGGAAGAAGGUCGGCGGAGGCAUCCGGCAGUGGAAGCGCGUCUUCGCCGUGCUGCGCGCUCCCUCGCUCUACCUGAGCAAGGACCGGCGGGAGGCUGCCCCCUGCGCCCCGGCCCCAGGCAGAGGAUCGGGAGGAUAUGCUGGCCUGGAUCAAAGCCAUCAGGGAGCACAGCAAGGCGGAGGGCGAGGACCCCGGGUUUGCCAGCCAGGCUCUAAUCAGCAAGAAGCUAAACGACUAUCGGAAAGUGAGCCCCGCGGGUGCCAAGCCAGAUUCCUCGCCCAAGGGCUCUCGUGGGCUGGGCAUCAGGGCAGAGUUCCUGAAGCAGAGUGGAAGCAGCACUCCCAGGGCACCCCGGCAGGAUGUGGCUUGUCACGAAAGAUGAAAGCAGCUCCCAGAAACCCCUUGGGGCAUCAACAUAUGAAGAAGAACAAGAAAUCCUGCCCACAGGGCCUUCGGCGUCAGGCUGGAGGAGUGCCAGCCCGCCCCGGACAAAAAGCGACACUGCCGGCUCCCUCGGAGUGCCAGCGGAGGAGCCGGAGCGGCAUCGGGUGGCGUUAG